UUCGCCGGGCUGGGCUGGGCUGGGCUCUAUGCACUGGUGCUGGCCGUGGGCGCCGAGCAAGGAGGCUGGGCGGAGCGGGCGGGCGGGCGAGCGAGCUGGCGCUUUGCUCCGGGGCAGCCGCUCGCUCGCUAUGAAUGCGGCCCGGGCUCUGCUCUCCGCCGUGUUCCUCGCGGGUUUCUUCUGGGGGGAUCUCCCCUGUUGCCAGCAGGCCCCCAUCCCCGCCGCCACCGCCGCGCCCUCUCCCCGGGAGUCCGGCAAGGGCAAGCGGAGCUGCCGGGAAAGCGGCCCGUCCCGAGCGGCGGGAGACGCGGCCAAAAAGGGAGCCGCUGCGACCCAGCCGCGAGUGGAGCCCCACGAGUACAUGCUCUCCCUCUACCGGACCUAUUCCAUCGCCGAGAAACUGGGCAUCAACGCCAGCUUCUUCCAGUCCUCCAAAGCGGCCAACACCAUCACCAGCUUUGUGGACAGGGGGCGAGGUAAUUUCAUCUCAGGGGAAGAGUGGCAACAUUGGAGGGAGGUCUACCCAAAAGGCCACGAAGGUACAUCAACCACAGCCUCCCGUUUCCAAACUUGGAAACUCACAAACGAUCUUUCGCCCAGCGUUUUAAGGAGGCAAAAAUAUUUGUUUGAUGUAUCGACUCUCUCAGACAAAGAGGAGCUGGUGGGGGCCGAGCUCCGUCUCUUUCGGAAAGCCCCCGGCGAUCCUUUCUCCAAGGCUCAGACAGGCUUGGCCCGUCUGCAGGUCUCGCCCUGCCUUUCGGGCCGCCGCCUGGACUCCCGGACUCUGGACUUGCAGGAGGCGGCGCCCGUCCGGCCCGGUGGCGGCGGCGGCGGCGACUGGGAGGUGUUUGAUGUGGGGCAAGCUUUACCGCCCCUCCGCGGGCCCUGGAAGAAGCGGCAGCAACUUUGCCUGGAGCUGCGGGCCGUCGGGGGGACUCGCUCUCAGCCCCACCCGCAGCUGCUGGACCUGCGGCCCUUAGGCCUGGGCCGAAACGCCCGGGCCCAGCAGGAGAAGGCGCUGCUGGUGGUCUUCAGCAAGUCGAGGCGGAAGAACCUCUUCGCCGAGUUGAGGCAGGAACCGGGAGCCCGGCCUCCUCAUCUUCCUCCGCCUCCGCCAAACGCGGCCGCGCUACCCUGGGAAACGCCGGGUGCCGUCCAGCUCCGCUUGCAGGCCCGCCGGAUGAAGCGCGCCGCGUACAACACCCGGCACGGCAAGCGGCACGGCAAGAAGGCGCGGCUCCGGUGCACCAAGAAGGCGCUGCACGUCAACUUUAAGGAUCUGGGCUGGGACGACUGGAUCAUCGCCCCGCUCGAGUACGAGGCGUACCACUGCGAGGGCGUGUGCGACUUCCCGCUCCGCUCGCACCUGGAGCCCACCAACCACGCCAUCAUCCAGACCCUCAUGAACUCCAUGGACCCGGGCGCCACGCCGCCCAGCUGCUGCGUGCCGGCCAAGCUGACGCCCAUCAGCAUCCUCUACACCGACGCGGGGAACAACGUGGUGUACAAACAGUACGAGGACAUGGUGGUCGAGUCCUGCGGGUGCAGGUAGCGGCGCGCCUCCGUCCCCGGCUUGCCCCUUGGAGCGGAUGGGCGGACGAGGAAGGAAAGCCCCGGGGAGCUUCCACGGUGGAAGAGCGAGGGGAAAAAAGACACGCGAGGGAAAAACCGGAGGGAAGACGCGCCACGUGCGAGUCCUCGCUCCGCGCUGGGGGAGGGAAGGAUUGGGCGGUCCGGACUGCGCCUGCGCAAAGUCUGCUGCGGGGGGGGUGUUUCGAGUUCCUGCUCCUAAAGCAGGAGGCUCCAA